AUGAUCCCCACGGACUCAAUCCUCACUGCGCUCGCUUCUCGACACCCUUUGGGUGCUCUGGGCACGCAGGCUCAGGCGGGGCAGCCGGCCAAUCUGAAUCCCAAGAGACCCGAGCCGUUCCCCGCUUGGAGUGCGAUUGAUGACGCAAAGCAUAAAGCAGAUGCCCUUGCCAAGGAAGCAGUCCGGGAGUACGAGGUCGCGAGCAAGAAGGCUCAGAGCAAGGCGGGCAAGAUUGAGCCCUGGACACCCAAAUACUAUGCGGCUUGCGUUUUUGGUGGCAUGAUGGCCUGUGGCCUUACUCAUACGGCGGUCACUCCUCUGGAUCUGAUCAAAUGCCGCCGUCAGGUCGACCCAGCUCUCUACAAGAGCAACAUGCAGGCGUUUUCCAAGAUUCGCUCUCUCGAGGGUAUCCGUGGAGUGUUCACUGGUUGGAGCCCCACUUUCUUUGGCUACAGCGCCCAAGGAGCAUUCAAGUACGGUGGCUACGAAUUCUUCAAGAAAUUCUACAGCGACCUUGUCGGACAGGAAAAUGCCAUCAAAUGGAAGACCUCUGUCUACCUAACUGCCAGUGCCUCGGCUGAGUUCAUCGCCGACAUAGCUCUGUGUCCCUUCGAGGCCGUCAAGGUGCGCAUGCAAACGACCAUGCCACCCGAUUUCAAGGGUACAUUCAGCGGGAUUUCUGCCGUGGUCUCCAAAGAGGGCGUGUCUGGCUUGUACAAGGGUCUGUACCCACUCUGGGGUCGCCAGAUCCCCUAUACCAUGAUGAAGUUUGCCUCGUUCGAGACAAUCGUCGAAAUGAUCUACCAUAGACUGCCGGGACACAAGUCCGACUACAACAAGGGUGCUCAGACAGCAGUUGCGUUCACCGGUGGAUACCUUGCUGGUAUUCUGUGUGCCGUGGUGUCGCACCCAGCUGACGUGAUGGUCAGUAAGCUCAAUGCCAAUCGCCAGGCAGGUGAGGCGUUUGGUGCAGCCAUGAGCCGGAUCUAUGGAGACAUUGGCUUCCGCGGACUGUGGAAUGGACUGCCCGUCCGUAUCGUCAUGAUCGGAACCUUGACCGGUCUGCAGUGGAUGAUCUACGACUCUUUCAAGAUCUUCAUGGGACUCCCUACCACGGGUGGAUCAGGCGAAGACAAGAAGAAGGUCCAGUAG